CUCUUCACCUUUUCACACAUAACACAUCCCCAAUGGACUCACUACAGAACAAGCCCUUCACAGCAGACGAGUUGGCGCAGUUCAAGGAGCUGUUCACGAGCUAUGACAAGAACAACGACGGCCGCGUCGACAGAACGGAGCUCUACGAACUCACCAAGUCCCUGGGCGAGGCUGUGACGAAUGAGGAGCUGGACUUUGUGAUCAAGAACUUUGAUACAGACGGCGAUGGUGCACUCGACUACGACGAAUUUGUAGAGCUCAUGGCCACCCUUCGCGCUGUCGGACGAGAUUAAGACACGUAGACCGCGUCCUGGCCAAGGAUCCAAAGAUGUGGAGAUGGAGCGACGAAAGGGAGUUCAAGUAAAUGCCUCCAGUUGACUUGAUGAAAGAAUAAAGCAAAAGUCAUUCCCAGGGAUAGAUUUUUUUUUUUCGCGGU